AUGGUGGGUAAUGGAAAGUUGACUGGUGGGUAAUGGAAAGUUGACUCGUGUUUGUGUAUCUAUCAUCAUCAUUUGGAAAAUAUGUGCCGAGCCUCUGCAAGAAAACGGAUUACUCGUCUUCUAACGCUGAUAGUGGCGUGGAUAAUUCUGUAUGGCAAUAUCCAUGUCGUGGCCAUUUUAAAGGAUAAAGAAACAGUUUUUAUUCCGUGGGAUAACACCAAUGACGUCAUUGUUGACGAUGAUACAUUCUUAUACCAAACUUUUGGAGACUCGGGCCAGUUUCUAACUGAACCUCGCUAUAUUGCUUUGGCUUCCAAAUAUGUUCGUCCAGGACAGAUCUACAGAGUGGCUGUUACAAUUUUGUCGUCUCCACUCCCUCUGGUGGUUAGAGCGUCUCUUCACCGAGACAACGAAGAAUUGGCAGCCGACUCUACAAAAAUGACGUCUGGAUUCACGAAUAUGUUAAUGAUGGAGGUUCCAUUUCGUGCCGAACCAGGAAGGUAUACAUUACGUGUGGAAGGGAAGGUAAAGGAGGCUUUGGGAGGAACUGGUUUCAUCAAUGAAACAGAAGUGGAGUAUUCUCAACGUUUCUUAACAAUACUAAUCCAAACGAACAAACUUGUAUAUAACCUUCGACAACAAAUAUACAUCCGAGUCAUACUUCUCACGACGCAACUAAAACCCUACACGGAUCCUGUGGACAUUUACUUGGUGGAUUCACAGGGAAUUGUGAUGAAACGAUGGGUAUCCAUUUAUCCUUACAGUGGAUUUGUGAGUGUUCAUUUCCACCUUCCUGGCGACUAUUCAAAAGGAUGGUGGAAGGUGCGAGUUGUUGCACUCGAACAGGUAGAAGAAAAGAAAAUCAAGAUGGAGAGAUAUUUCAGUCACAAGAUGGAUGUCGUUGUUUAUAUACCUGCUUAUGUUCUGACCUCGGAAGAAUACUUAGAAGGACUUGUGGCAUCCAAUCACACAAGCUUAGCGCCAGUUAUUGGAAAUGCUACUAUUAGAGCAGUUAUCAAAGCCCCUGAUCAUUAUAAACUUCCUCCGAUAUGGGAUCCAUACUUACUAAAAACGGUUGCUCUUUAUAAAGGAAGCUACAAUUUCCAGUUUGCACUUGAUGAUCUACGUCAGUUAGUAGCUCCACAUCCCUUGGAAGGCUGUGAGGUGGAAGUGCAAGUUGAAGUUGGUGACCGUUUUCUGGACAUUGUGUUACCUGCUUAUUCCAGAACUAGAAUUAUCAAGGCCGAGUUAUAUUUAAGGUUCUUAGGUGUUAGUCCACAGAUAUUUAAACCAGGAAUGUCUUUUAAAACACAUCUGGCAAUUUCUUACGAUGAUCUAGUGCCUCUCUCCGAAGACAAAUUAGCCGAAUCUAUAGUUCAAGUGCGUCCCACUGUUGAGUUGGCUAAUGGUGGAAGAAUGGAACUUGAACUCAUUGAAGAGUCGUUUGAGGAAGAAGGAUUAAUGACAAUAGGAUUUGACACACCCAAAGAUGCUACUAAGAUAACCCUACAUGCACGUUAUGAAGAUCCUGAUGACGAAAUUACAACAGAAUUAGUGCUGCUAGCUUAUUACUCUCCUAAAAACAGAUACAUGCAAAUUACCACAAGUACAGCAGAAUCCUCGGCUGGUGAAUAUGCCAUCUUCCAUGUGUGGGCAAACUUUUAUAUGAAGACAUUUCAUUAUCUAGUGGUUUCCAAAGGGAUCAUAAUCCUGGAUGGUGUGGCAAAAGUUAAUGGAAUGAUAAACAGCAUUACCACCUUCUCAGUUGCAAUCUCACCAGAGAUGGCCCCUGCAUGUAAUGUGAUAGUAUACCAUGUGACAACAGAUGGACAUGUGAUUACUGACAGCGUAAUGUUACCAGUUGCUGCAAUUAAUCGAGCAGAUUUUUCCAUGGAAAUCAACACAAAACAAGACCGGUCAGGGAAUCUGAUUGAGUUAGUGCCAGUCUUAACCAUAGAAUCUAUUAUCGGCUUCUCCGCAUUUGACUCUGAUUGGACGGCUUCACAAGGACGAGAGGAGCUGACACCAACAAGAGCGAUAGAGGCAAUGUAUAAGUUUGAAGAAUCACGCCUACGAUUACAGCGAGCAGAAUGGCGAGAUCGAGAGGGUGACCCAGAAAAUAUCCAGUAUUAUUCUACAUCCAAUUAUGGGAGAGACUCUAAUCAAACCUUUGCUUUUUCGAGUCUAAUAGUGUUCACGAAUAUGAUUGUAUCGUCAAUGCCAAUCAGUAGGCUAGAGUUUCUCUUCAAUGUAACCAGUCAUCAUUUUGAUUACAUAAGGCCACAGCUUCUGCCCAAUUUGAAUCCAUCUCCUGGCAAUGCUGCUUCAGGAUUGGGAUCUGUUGCAGAGAUAAUUUCACAGUGGUGGUUGUAUGAUGGAGAUUGUUUUCAUUUGAAAGACGAAGACGAAGAAUUGCUUGACUUCCACAUCUAUCGAAUAAGCAGAAAUAGUUUUUUCUUUGAUGCUACUGGAGGGGAUUUUGCAUGGCAUGAUGUUAUAACAGGAAAUGCAGAGGAUGAAUUUGUUGGCUGUGAGGUACCAAAAGGACCUGGGCUCUGGAGGAUUAAUGCUGUAGGAGUUAGUAAAGAAUCUGGGUUGGCUAUUCUUAAUGAGUUUGUUUAUUAUGAUGCCACUAAGCCUUUCUUCAUCACAGUGGAGGCACCAACUACAGCUGUUAUUGGUGAACAGAUUGGAAUGAGAGUUGUAGUGUUCAAUUAUGCUGAGUUUGAGAUUAAGGCUGAAGUCAUCUUAGAAGAGUCUGACGAUUAUCGAUUUGUUCAAGUGGAACCUCUUGGUGUUGUUUCCUCAUAUGAUCCUCGAAUAACUGGAGGGCAACACCAACAUUUGCUAUAUAUCAAGCCAUAUCUAUAUGAGGUUGUCUAUGUUCCCAUAGUUGCUACGAGGAAAGGAGACAUUGAAGUCACAAUCACAGGAAAAACACAAGUUGCGAAGGAUGAAGUGAUCACACCUAUCACUAUUUUGGCUGAUGGUGUACCAGUUUAUCGUCACACAUCACUACUAUUGGAUCUCAGAAACCAGGCCUACAACAUAAAGUUUCUAGACAUAAACAUCACAGAAGAUCCUAUCAUUCCUUUUGAGCAGAUGUAUAGACGUUAUAUAUUUGGAUCACCAAGAGCAAAAGUGUCUAUUAUUGGUGAUAUUGUGGGAGCCCCUCUACCAGAAGACCACUUUGUGAAUACUUUGGAUAUGAAAUUUGCUCUGCCUGUGAAAUCUGGAGAACAUAUUAUGUUUAACUUUGCUUAUAAUCUCUAUACACUGGUUUAUCUAAGACUGACCAAUCAGUUGGUAGGAAGUGAUGCAAGAAAUAUCCUGGAAUUUCUAAACAGAGUUUAUGUUCACCAGAUGUUGUUUUGGAUGGAUGGGGCAUUCACCAUGUUCAAAAAAGAACCAAGUGUCUGGUUGACUGCUUACUGUGCUAGAAUAUACAACUUAGCUCAGUACCCCGACUGGGAGAAUUACCUCUUCAUAGAUCCUAAAGUUAUAUCCGACUCCAUUAAGUUUGUGCUGAAAUAUCAAAGAAGUGAUGGGUCUUUUUAUGAAACUGUUCAACAUUCAUGGAACAGAAAAAUGGAUCCACAGAUGCAACAAGUUGAAAAUGGACUCCUAAGAAAUGCAACAUUAACAGCUCAUGUGACAAUCACUCUUGCUGAAGUAUCAAGCUUGCCUGGGGGGCUACGUACAGAGGCAGCAAAUGCCCGAGCUCGAGCAGUGUUGUACUUAGAACGUCAGUUACCCCAGCUUGAUAGUCCAUACGAUGUUGCUAUUGUCACCUAUGCUUUAAUGGUAGCUGGAAGUGUUGAGGCUGAAGUAGGAUUUAAUAUGCUAGAUAAGAUGAAACGAGAAACAGAGGGGUUGGUGUACUGGAGUCCAGAACCCAUCCCUCCUCCAGAAAUAGUCUAUCAAAAUCAACGACCUUUCAUUAUGCCACGAUUUCCUAGCAAAUGGGACUCUGUAGCAGUGGAAGCUACAGCUUAUGCUUUGAUGGUGUAUGUACGGCAUGGUGGUAUUAUUCAAGACCAGAUAGUAAGAUGGUUGAACACAAUGCGUCGUUAUGAUGCUGGUUUCAUUUCAACUCAAGAUACUAUUGUUGCCAUGCAAGCACUUAUUGAAGCAUCAUUCAGGACUCACGUGAGAGAUAUUACAAAAAUGACUUUGCAAGUUGAGUCUUCAUCCAAUCCUGGAGAAACUGGUGAGCUUAAGGUAGACCAAGACAACUUAGCUGCCUCCAAGUCCGUAUUGGUUGCACCUAAUGUGUGGGGCCAUGUGGAAAUACAAGCUAAAGGCUCGGGACUUGCAGUCCUUCAGUUAGAUAUCCAAUACAAUGUAGACAGAGAUUUCCUUCUUCUCCAGCCACCAUUAGAAUCCUUCGAUUUGUCAGUUGCUGCUCAUUACCAUGGUCGGAACAAAUCUCACCUGAACAUUGAAAGUUGUGCAAGGUGGAAACUGCUUUCAGAAAGUCCCACUAGUGGAGUAGCUGUAAUAGAAAUUACUCUGCCAACAGGAUACAUGAUAUAUAAACCUAUUAUGGAUUCCUAUGUUCGUAAGGAGGUAGUGCCUCGACUGAGACGAGGCAGAGUUAUCCCAAGAUCAGCUGUUUUUAUGUUUGAGUAUUUGGACUUCGACUGGUUAUGUGUGAAUUUUACAGUAGAAAGAUGGUACCCUGUGGCUAACUUAACUCGCUACUUGAAGGCUAGGGUUUAUGACUAUUAUACUCCUGAACGAUUCAAAGAAGUGAUCUAUGAGGCUUAUGAUCUAUACGUUCUAAACAUCUGUGAAGUGUGUGGAUCUUACCAGUGUCCCUACUGUCCAUUUUUCAGUGGUGUUGCCAAGCUAUCAUCACAUAUGUUAUCCCUGUUGCUGGGGGUCAUUAUAUGGAGAAUGACUUCACAAUGGCUGCUAAGGCCACUUACAGUUCAACAGCAUGUCAUGUAUUAGUUUAGUUGUUUUUUUCUACACACAUCAAAUGUAUUAGAAAGCUAAUACAAACUUUCCUUACUUUAAAGGAAGUUAUGAAGUGAAUUUUGAUGGUAACAUGUUUCAGAUACAGCACAAGACUUCUCACAUAUUGUUGAUGAGUUAGAAGCUGAACUUUAAACAUCAUACAUGUACAUCUUCCAACUUUCUAGAAAACCAAGAUUAUCUAAAAUAUAUUUUGUAGUUUUUUUAAAGUGUGUUCAUAGUUUAUAGGUUGUGAAAUACAAUAAAAGCUUAGUAAACCAGA